AUGCUGGAGAAGGAUGCCCCCGCACUAGAGCAGCUAUCUCUAGAUUUCUCAGAGCGCCUUUUCCAGAUCAAAAUUGCUUCAUUAAUUGAGCAAUUGAUCACGGCUCCAUCAAACACUCGCAUUGUCGAUAACACUACAGGUAUUAUCGGAAGUGCCGGCGAACGCAGAGUUCCAAUGCAAGGUUGCAAUCAUAGUACAGUCUGCAUAUUCUCUACGAGAGACAAUAACUACGGUCUUGUCCUGGGAAUCCUUCAAGAGUGGGGAAGGGAAGCUACUGGUGGUGAAAUAGGUGGCCACGAACUUAGUCGACUGCAACUCGACUGUCUUAAAAGCCUGCGAUUCCCUGAGAUGAUGUUCCGAAAGAUCCAACUGCUUGAUGGGACGGAUGGUAACGUAAAUGCAUGCAAUUGGAUCUUAAACAACAGGACAUAUAUCGAAUGGACGACAGAGACCCAAGGCCCCCUUUGGAUCAAAGGCAAGCCAGGCGCCGGAAAAUCAACUCUGGUCGAAUACUUGGUUGAGCACUUUGAAGCCCAGAAACAGACAACUGGUUUGGUUUUGCUCUCAUUCUUUUUCAACGCCUUCGGAGUCCAGGAACUACACAAAUCGCCACUGGGCCUGUAUCGAACACUGUUGUAUCAACUUCUCGAGCAGGCACCUCGGUCGCUAGCGCGCUUCACGGAGUUCUGUGAAGAUAGAUGGCAGGUUUCUCCCGAAUUGAAAGAUCAAUGGCAUGAAAACGAGAAGAAGCUGCUUCGGUGGUACCUAAACGCUGGCCUUGACAUGCUCAAGGAAUCACCGCGAAAGGUAAUAAUAUUUGUCGAUGCAGUCGACGAGGCUAGCCAGGGAAGCGCCAACGAUGUCGUCACGCACUUGCACCAGCUGGAUAACAGAUUACGGCAGAUGGGGGUGAAAGUGCAAACAUGCAUCUCCUGUCGUCAUUUUCCUAUCCUCCCAGUUACCGAGAAACACACCAUUAUCGUAGAAAACGAGAACCACCUAGAUAUUGCAAAUUACAUUAACCGUCAAUUUAAAGAUGCCUAUAUAGUCCACGGAGACUACCAUCAAAAGUCUGGCUUUCUGGCUACCUUAGAGUCUGAAAUCAAACGCAGGUCACACGGUGUCUUUCUCUGGGUAUGCUUGGUGAUGCCUGAGGUUAUUAGGCGCUUGAAUCAAGCUCCUACGAAAACUGAUAUCAUCUUCACUGCUUUAGAUGAAGUUCAGACAAGGCUAGGGGAGAUCUAUUCUGAGAUUCUAAGCACCGUGAUUGAACCAGAUAACAGGUUUGAUGCCUAUAUGCUUCUGGAUUGGGCUACAAGAACAUACGAACCUCUUCACCUUCAUCGGCUCAUUUCCCAAGUCAAAUUCUCAGAUGCCUACACCGUUGACCCCGAACAAAUCGAAAGGGAGCUUCCUGGGAUUGAAUUCCGCGUCGGCAACUUGUCCGGCGGUCUAAUGGAAGUUUUACAGGAUGCCGAAGGAAGAUUCGCUGUGUUUAUCCAUCCUUCAGUCAAAGCCUUCCUCCUCGCGGACGGGCUUGAUGUUUUCGAACAACUUCUCGAUAAUCCACAUCAGCCCCGUCCGAAUCCUUCGAACGAGGGCCUGCCCCAGAACAUUGAACAGCCAGGAGAUUGGCAUCUCGAGAGCCCAAGACACGUCAUAUCGAGCCAUGGUCAGUCCACCGAAAGUCCCCCACAAGGCCAAGAUAAAACCCCUCAAGUGCGGGAAAGCACUUAUCCCGAGGAAAGUUACAGUUCGACAACACAAGAAGCGGCAGACCAAUGGAUUCAGCAAUGGCACGACCACUGUCUACGUUUAGUCAUGUCAAAAUUGCGAUUUUGGAUGUGGAUGACCCAUCUCUCGAUCUUUCUUCCUAAAUGGCCGGAUCAAGUCCAACGCGUCUGGACCCCCGAAAAAGGCGAAAGAAAACGGGGAAACAAGGGCACGGAGGGACUUGGUGCUGAAUUCAGUACACUCCUCUCGGUUAUAGCACCAACUGCUGAUAUCUUCGUUGCCAAGUUUUCCACUGGUAAGAGAGUCAAAUCCUCAGAAGUCGCUCAAGCGCUUGAUUGGGCGAUGAUUAAAGAGGUGGAUAUCAUCGCUUUGACUAUCACUUUUUCGAAACUAGGUUUGGGAGUUAUCCAGCAACUUCACGAUGUGGCCUAUCAAGACAUCCUCGUAUUCGCAGCAAGCGGGGGCGGGACACUGAAUAGCCCCGGACCGCUUUUCGAAGAAGCUAUCACUAUUAACUCUGCAGAUGGCUACGGCCGGACUUCCAUACGCAACCCGCCGCCGGUAGGGUAUUCAGAGAACUUUGCUGUUCUCGGAGAGGGCAUUAGCUUGAGGUUGCCAGACGGGGAGAGGAGCCCACCUUUCGCAGGCUCUUCCUGCUCCACUGUCAUUGCGGCGGGAAUAGCCGCCACGGUUUUACAGUUUGCCAUGCAGCAGGACGAUGAGGAGUUCCCUAAAUCUUACCGACGCGUUCUUCACACCCGAAGAGGAAUGAAGGUGGUGCUUCGAUAUAUGAGCUCGAGUAGAGACAGCAACUUCGCCUAUGUAGUACCGUGGAAACUGCUUUCUCACGAAGCUAGCAAUAAAUUGACUGUUGCGAGGCUGAUAACAAUACUUGAAGAGGCUAGCUAG